UCGCUGUAUUUCUCUUUGCCAAAACCCUAAUUUGAAGAUUGGAAAAGAAAAAUUAGAACAGAAACUGAUCUAAACCCUAAUUCUCCGAUAAUGUCCCCUUUGAUUUUGCGACCCCGAUUCGUUUCCCUGCUGAAGAAUCGCCAUGGUCGUCUUAUGAGCUCCGAUCUCGCUUCGACCCCUUCCAAAGAUGCGAUCAAUGCGUCUCAGAAGCUUAUCUCCGAUCAGAUUCCACCUGAUGUUCAAGGCCCUACUGGUUCUUCUUCUUCUUCUUCUACCACUAGUAAGCCUUGGAAUUUCCUUAAGUAUAGUUUGAUUGGUGCUCUCACAGGAGCAACUGCGGUUGCUGGUUACGCCAGCUAUGCCUAUACUUGCGAUGAAAUUGAAGAGAAGGCAAAAGCUCUUCGUCGUUCUGCUAGUCAUACAGCCGCGGACGAUGCUUCCAGUGUCGAGAAAGUUCAGGGCAUGCUAUACUCCACGAUAAUGUCAGCUCCUGCUAAACUCAUUGACGUUUACCUGGAUUUGAGGAAGGCAAUUGAAAAGCAAGUUAAAGGUUAUACUGAACCCAAUGCGGAAAUGCUUCUUCCAGAAUUGCAUCCCAUGGAACGGCAUGUGUUUACGCUUGUUCUAGAUCUAAACGAGACUCUAGUAUACUCUGAUUGGACGCGAGAAAGAGGCUGGCAGACGUUUAAAAGACCUGGAGUUGAUUCUUUCUUGGAACAUCUUGCCCAGUUUUAUGAAAUUGUUAUAUACUCUGAUCAAUCAAAUAUGUAUGUUGAUCCUGUCAUUGAUAGGUUGGAUCCCAAGCAUUGCAUACGAUAUAGGUUGUCAAGAGCAGCUACAAAGUAUGAGAAUGGAAAGCAUUACAGAGACCUCUCAAAGCUUAACAGGGAUCCCAGGAAGAUUAUUUAUUUGAGUGGCCAUGCACUUGAUAGUAGUCUACAACCAGAAAACUCUGUUCCAAUAAAGCCAUGGAAGUGUGAGGCAGAUGACACAGCUCUUCUUGAUUUUAUACCAUUUCUUGAAUUUGUUGCACGAAAUAGUCCAGCUGACAUCAGACAAGUACUUGAAUCAUAUAAAGGAUGCGACAUUCCAACAGAAUUUAUAAGACGUUCUAAAGAGCAUCAAAGGCGGAUUCAAGAACAGAAGCAGCAGGGGCGAAUAUGGAAACGUUGAGAUCAAAAUAGUGUAAAAAGUUGAUCAAAAUUGUAGUGUCAAACAUAAACAAAGAUAUCGUUUGGAAUCAACUCCAGCCAACUUUCUUCAUGCAAGCCAAGAAGCAACUUCAGAUUGAUUCCAUCGAUUUUCUCUUCUACAUUCCAGUAGUUGCAGCUUCUUGACAAGGAAGUACAGUACGUAAUUUUUUUUUUCUUUUUUCUUUUUUCUUUUUCCUCUCAAUUUGAAUAUCCCCCAUAAAUUUUGCAACUUAUUUAUCCCAUUAUUUCUGGAGAUGAGAUGGUUUUUCCAGGCAAAUGAAGUUUUGAUAUUAUGACUGUCCAAGUUUGGUUACAAUUAUAACCCUUCGAUUUUGUUUUUGUUUUUGUUUUUCUAUAAUUAUAUUUGUAUAGAUCAAUAUUACAUCAAAUUAAAGUAGUAGACUCUCGAUUGAUUUGUAAUUUUGAUU